AUGUCUCUGGAUGGGUUAGACCCAAACUCCAUAAAGUUAUCUGGAGUGACAAUGACUGUUCUCACUUCUAGUAAUGUGAUGGAUGAGAAUUCCUUCAAGGAGCCAAACAAGGUGGUGCCAAGCCGCACUCUACUUGAUUUUGCUGACAAAGACAUGGAAGUUGUUAUGGCUUCCACCAAAAUGGCUUGGAGUGCGCUCAUUCUUUGUUUCUUCCUUGGAGCUUGUUGUGUCUCCGCCAGACAAAUUAGAGUUAAUGCCGCUGCUGAUGCAAAUCAGACAACUGCAGAAUUUUUUGUAGAUGCCUCAAAAAGCCAACCAAUGCCUGAAACUUUAUUCGGAAUAUUUUUUGAGGAGAUCAAUCAUGCUGGCUCUGGUGGGUUGUGGGCAGAACUCGUGAGCAAUAGAGGUUUUGAAGCUGAAAACCAAGACACGUCCAUGAAUAUUACCCCAUGGGGUAUUAUCGGGGAUGAAUCAGCUCUUACAGUUUCAACUGACGACUCAUCCUGCUUCGAGAAAAAUAAGAUUGCAUUGAAAAUGGAGGUGCUUUGUGAUAGUCAAGGCGAUAAUAUCUGCCCAGUUGGAGGAGUUGGCGUUUAUAACCCUGGAUUCUGGGGAAUGAACAUAGAACAAGGGAAGACAUACAAUAUAGUUUUUUACGUUCGCUCAUUGGGGUCGGUUAAUAUGUCAGUAUCAUUCACGAGCGCAGAUGGGUCGCAAACGUUGGCCACGACUAAUGUUGUUGCUGCAGAUUCACAAGUUGCAAAUUGGACAAAGAUGGAGACUUCUCUGGUAGCCCAAGCAACGGAUCCACAAGGAAGACUUCAACUGACAACUUCCCAAAAAGGGGUCAUAUGGAUUGAUCAAGUGUCAGCCAUGCCCGCAGACACAUUUAAUGGGCACGGGUUUAGAAAUGAUCUUGCUCAAAUGCUCGUAGAUAUGAAACCUCGAUUCAUGAGAUUUCCCGGAGGGUGUUUUGUUGAAGGUGCUGUUAUGAAAAAUGCGUUUAUGUGGAAAAAUACAAUUGGACAUUGGGAGGAGAGGCCUGGGCAUUAUGGUGAUGUAUGGAAUUAUUGGACGGAUGAUGGAAUGGGUUAUUUAGAAUUUCUUCAAUUAAGUGAAGACCUUGGUGCACAGCCAAUCUGGGUAUUUAAUAUGGGAAUCGCCCAUAAUGAGCAAAUCAACACUAACGAUGUCCAACCUUAUGUACAAGAUGCUCUUGAUGGCAUUGAGUUUGCAAGAGGUGAUAAAAACUCUACAUGGGGCUCUAAACGAGCUGCAUUGGGCCAUCCUGAACCUUUUGACUUGAGAUACGUUGCUAUUGGAAAUGAAGACUGCGGAAAACCCUUUUUCAGAGGAAACUACAUCAAGUUUUAUGACGCUAUAAAACUUGCUUAUCCGGAUAUUGGAAUCAUUUCAAACUGUGAUGGAUCUAAUCGUAUCCUACAACAUCCUGCUGACUUCUAUGACUUCCAUAUUUAUACUGACGCAAAUAACUUGUUCAAUAUGAUUCAUCAAUUCGACCGUACAUCUCGCGUUGGUCCCCGGGCUUUUGUUAGUGAGUAUGCUGUCACUGGAGACGAUGCCGGCAUGGGGAGCCUUCUUGCUUCACUUGCUGAAGCUGCAUUCCUUCUGGGCAUCGAAAAGAACAGUGACAUUGUUUCAAUGGCAAGCUAUGCGCCACUUUUCGUCAACACCAAUGACAUAACGUGGAAACCGGACGCCAUUGUCUUCAACUCACAUCAGGCCUAUGGAACUCCUAGUUACUGGAUGCAACAUUUUUUCAUAGACUCAGGCGGGGCUAAUUUUCUCACUUCAACCCUCAACACAACUUCCCCUUCACUGAUUGCAUCAGCAAUUACUUACUCAGCGGAUGGCAAAAAUUUCUUGAAGAUAAAGGUUGUGAAUUUCGGGGCUGACGAAGUGAAACUCAACAUAUCGGUGGCUGGAUUAGACGGGUCCAUAAACUCAUCCGGAUCAACAAAGACUAUACUCACAUCUGAUAAUUUGAUGGAUGAAAAUUCCUUUGACAACCCAAACAAGGUGGUGCCGCGCCGCAGUAUAAUUAAUGAUGCUGCCAUGAAUAUGGAAGUUGCAGUCCCUCCACAUUCGUUCACUUCAUAUGACUUGUUGCGCUCUUGAAAGAUUCAACAGGCCCGGAAAUCUGAGAUUCAUUUAUUUUUAGUUUAGUUUAGAAUCAUUAGAUCGAUUAUUUCUAUUGAUAUUCUUUUGCUAUAAUUAGGUUUAGCUUAA